GUUCCUAACAAAGCUGCCAGCUAUUGUUCCAGGACGGUCACAGCCCGCGGCGCGGACUUCCCACUGGACCACCCUGGGUCACCCUGAGCACGGACAUGAGAUCCAAGUCGCAGAUCUGUGGACUUUCGCAGUGCGUCCCGCCCCUCACGCCCCACCCCCUAAGGCCCCCGCUUCCUACAGUCUCUAUCCAGUCCUUAAAACCCCCUAGUAGAGGGAUGGCGCGUCGCCUCUGGGGUGCGAUGCAGACACCUCUGCGACGCCAGCUUGAAAGCCGCCUGCGGGUUGGGAUUUAAUUCCACUUUAUCAACUCCCAACCCCCACCAGUCUCAACCUCAACUCCAACUCCGUGAGAAAGCCCUGACUGCUGAGCCCCAGGUGCAGACUUGAGACACUUUUUUUUUCCAGUCCUUCAUCCUAAUCUAAGUUUAGGCUUUGACUGAGCCAAGAGUGGGUGCUAAAGCAGCGGGCCUCAGGUGUCUAGGCCUCCAGGUCCCUGGGGACUCUCAGGUUGAAGCCUCGCAGAGUCUGGGCAGAGGCUCCAGAGCGUCUCCCAGACCCCGGUGCUCUACACCGCGGGAAACCACGCUUCAUCGCAGCAUGGCCACCAGCCUUAGUGCAGACAGUCCACAGCAGCCGAGCUCGCUGUCUAACCAGCAGACCACUCUUCUGCUACUCCUUUCCGUCCUGGCCGCCGUGCACUUAGGCCAGUGGCUGCUGCGACAAUGGCGACGGAAACCGUGGUCCUCGCCCCCAGGUCCCUUUCCUUGGCCACUGAUCGGAAACGCGGCGGCUGUCGGUCAGGCGUCGCACUUGUACUUCGCUCGCCUUGCAAAGCGCUAUGGCGACGUUUUCCAGAUCCGUCUGGGCAGCUGUCCCGUGGUAGUGCUGAAUGGCGAGAAUGCCAUCCACCAGGCUCUGGUGCAGCAGGGCGGCAUCUUCGCGGACCGGCCGCCCUUCGCCUCUUUCCGUGUGGUGUCUGGUGGCCGCAGUCUGGCGUUCGGCCAUUACUCUGAGCGCUGGAAGGCGCAGCGACGCGCGGCCUAUAGCACGAUGCGUGCCUUCUCCACGCGCCACCCGCGCAGCCGCGGUCUCCUCGAGGGCCACGCGCUGGCAGAGGCUCGAGAGUUGGUGGCAGUGCUGGUGCGGCGCUGCGCGGGCGGCGUCUUCCUGGAUCCGAUGCAGCCGAUCAUUGUGGCGGUGGCCAAUGUCAUGAGCGCUGUGUGCUUCGGCUGUCGGUACAACCACGACGAUGCCGAGUUCCUGGAGCUGCUCAGCCACAAUGAGGAGUUCGGGCGCACGGUGGGCGCCGGCAGCCUGGUGGACGUGCUGCCCUGGCUCCAGCUCUUUCCCAACCCGGUGCGCACCACCUUCCGCAAGUUCGAGGAGCUCAACCGCAACUUCAGCAACUUCGUCCUGGACAAGUUCCUGAGGCACCGCGAAAGCCUGGUGCCUGGGACUGCUCCUCGAGAUAUGACGGACGCCUUCAUCCUCUCUGCCGAAAAGAAGGCGUCCGGGGGCCCUGGCGACGAUCCCUCCGGGCUGGACUUGGAGGAUGUGCCUGCCACUAUUACGGACAUCUUCGGAGCCAGCCAGGACACCCUUUCCACCGCGUUGCUGUGGCUUCUCAUCCUCUUUACCAGGUAUCCGCAUGUGCAGGCCCGAGUGCAGGCCGAGUUGGACCAGGUUGUGGGGAGAGACCGCCUGCCCUGCAUGAGUGACCAGCCCAACCUGCCAUAUGUCAUGGCUUUUCUUUAUGAAUCAAUGCGAUUCUCCAGCUUUUUGCCUGUCACCAUUCCUCAUGCUACCACCGCCAACGCCUUUGUUUUGGGCUACUACAUCCCCAAGAAUACCGUAGUUUUUGUUAACCAAUGGUCUGUGAAUCAUGACCCAGCAAAGUGGUCUAAUCCAGAGGACUUCGAUCCAGCCCGCUUCCUAGACAAGGAUGGCUUCAUUAACAAGGCACUAGCCAGCAGUGUGAUGAUAUUUUCAGUGGGCAAACGGCGGUGCAUUGGCGAGGAGCUGUCUAAGAUGCUUCUGUUUCUCUUCGUCUCCAUCCUCGCUCAUCAGUGCAAUUUCAAGGUUAACCAAAAUGAGCCCUCAAACAUGAGUUUCAGUUACGGCCUGACCAUUAAGCCCAAGUCGUUUAAAAUCCAUGUGUCUCUCAGAGAGUCCAUGGCGCUCCUUGAUAGUGCUGUUCUAAAGCUGCAAGCUGAGGAAGCUGGCCAGUGAGAGGCCGGAGGCAGGCAAAAGGUUUGAAAUAAACCCAUUUCAUUAGCCAGGGAGAAAAAUACAGAUUCCCCCCCACCCCAGCUUCAUUUUGGUUUCAGUUCUCAAAAGUGAAUGGAAAUCAAGUGGUCUGAAGGCGAGACAUGCUUACCAGCUCACGUUCCUCAUGGGCCUGUGCCGGAGUUCCUGGAAGUAUUUUGGAAUUGAAGAGUAAAGAACCCGAGGAAUUGGGGAUCUGUUUCCUUUUUCUUUUUUUCCAAUUAAACACAUGCGCACAUAUCCACAAGUAUGCACAACUAUCUAACAAAGUAUUUCAGUAACUCUGCCUUUUUGGGUAGAGAGGGAACUUCUAUGUGCAGAAAUUGGCUCCAUAGGAAACUGCAGUAAGCAAAGGCUUAGGAUAUACUCAAGAUUCAAAGACAAGUCAUUUCAGUGUAAAAUGUAAAGACCAGAAAUUCUCCUACUAGAAGACAGUUUGCUUAGAGAAAUGCUUCAACUUCUUCGUGGCCCUGGAUGAGGCUUUCUUUCUGCCUGUAGAUGUGUCCCCCACUUUAGAAUGGACCAUAAAGUCAGUUGCUCCCCAAGAAAAAGGAGAAAAAGAUUUGCCAGUCUAGCUUAAGUUUUCAGUGUUGGGACUGUAGUAAACUGGUCUCAGUAAUAAGUCUGAUAAACUAAAAAAAAAAAAAAGCCUCAUGUCACCAAAUAGUAUUCAAUGCAUAUAAAAAUUUACAUAAUUAUUCAUAAACAUUGUAUGAAUAUUAACUAUUCAAUCAGGAAAACACUUGAAUGAUAUAUUUCUUAUGUCAUACUGCAAAUCAAAAAGUAUAAUCAGUUGAAUGAAAUUUUCCCAAAUCCAGGAAAUGAGCCUGACUAAAUCACUCUGUUUUGACAUCAGGGUACCAAGUAACAGAAAGAUCUUUUCUUAUUUACAGUUCAUACAAGGGACAAAUCUCAAAACUAAACCAGCAAAACAUGUUCUGAUCUGGUAACUGUAGUUACAACACAGAUGCUUCUCUUGGAAUUGACCCCAUUAUUAAUAUGUUAAGAUUCCAAACACGUGGCUUGCUUCGAUUUUAAAUUACUUUAAAAUCUGUCUUGAUUGUUUCACUUCAGUUGAAGCUAGAGAAAAUAUGGUCAUUAUCCCACCCACAGAAGGUGACACACCUAACCUUUGCCUAAGGACAGAUACCAAAUACAAAAAUAAAUAAAUAAAUAAAUAAAUACAGGCCAUGAAUGUUCUGGGUGUUAAUAUUAGAGGCCACGUGUUAGGAAACUCAGUACAACUGGUAGUUGGUAGUUUCUUUUUAUGCAUUAUUACUAUUGCUGUUGUAGUUGUUUUUUGAGUCUUAAGGUCUGUGUGUGUGUUAAGUCAGAAUCUGAAGAUUGUCUUGGGAGGUUGUUUAGCAACUGCUUCUUGAGACAGCAGAACUGGCUAACAUUGGCUUUCUUAUUUAGGAUGGCACACUAGGAGCAGCUACUUCCUGGAGGCUGAGGGAGGAGAAGUAUAUGUAUUUGGAUUAUGUAAACCAACUGAAAGUCCUUUAAAAAGGGCUGGAUGAGUGGUGACAUGGGGACAGGGCCCAUGGGGGUUUCCCAUCUCUGUUUUCAUUGCAAUUAGAUGGAACAAAAGCAGCCCACAGCACGCAGAGAGCCUGCUGUCGGCUCUGUUUCAUUAGACUUCUUGGGAUUUGUGUAUCAAAAUUACAAAGGAAGGAGUGUGUGAUGCUCUUUGUGUGCAGAGGCCAGAAGCUGCAAGACAGAGAAAGCAAGAGCCAAAGAGAGAUGUCUAAAUGGUCCCCAUUCACCCCAAAUUAAUUUCCUGAACUAUAAAAUUUGAGGCAUGAAUGUUUAGAAAAAAAGGAGUUUCGAGUGGCGAGCCUUACCUUCCAGUGUCUCUUAAGAGUGGCUGGAGCCCUGGCCCUCGUCCUCUCUCUCCCCCAUUCACAUCCAUUUUGUAGUUGAAAAUUGAAUUAUUAAAAAUCUAACGUAAUCCUUAUUUAAAUUUCUCACAUCACGUCCCCUUGAAAGUGAAACACAGGUCACUUGUGUCAGUAUUUUAAAGGCCUUAAUUUCAACUACAAAAAUUAACUAUGCAAUAAUUUUUAAUUUUUUUCAGGCAUUUUAAAAGCAUGUACCUCAGUAAGGCUGGGGCAGUGAUUUGAGCUUCCAUGGCCUCUUUCUUUACUAUGAGAAAUUUAUAAUAGUGAAAGUCUUCAUGUACCAAUCAGGACUACUCAUUAAGCCAACCAGACCCAGAUGUUUUGUGAAUGUAAGAGUCAUUUUCAUCUGAUGUUUUCAGAAAAAGGAAAGUAAGGGGGUUACCUUUUUUAAUAUAUUUAGAACCUAGUCAAAGGAAGGAGGAUUCAAACCAGAAAAGAGUAAUACUUGUCAUAUUUGGAAGCUCUAGUAGAUUACUAGUUUAGUCAGAAAGCCUGCUUAUAUUUCUGCUACGGAGGGAACUUCUUUUGGUGGUCACCCUGUUCAUCAGAGUAUCCACCUCAGGUCAGGGCAGCAAAAGUAUGUUUUUAUUAAGUGCCUCAUUUGUAAAGCUUGGACUUUGUUAGAAUGCUGCUUCCCCUCCCCCCAAAAAAGAACCCAAAAAUAGAUGCCUCAGGUGCGUUUUAUGGAUUAAUCAAAAGAGUUCACGCCCCAGAACUUAGCCUUUACCUGUGAAAUCUUAGCACCCUCUUACGUAUUCUCACCAGGGCUGUACUUGAUGAAAUAGAUAAAUCACCAUGUAUACUAAUUAGUGUGUUUUUAGCUGUGGCACAAUUGUAUGAUAAAAGGUGUAUGUUACCAGGUGAUUAUAACUCAGCAAGAACCCCCUAUUUACCUUCUUCUUCUGUUUUUAUACUUUUUCAUAUAUGUUCUUAAUAUGUAUAUCGCUGACGCAGUGCACACAGAUCCUCUGCACACAGAAUGAACUAACAUGUAGCCUCUACCUUUGGAUAUACCAAAAUUUUAAAAUGUUCUGUCUUCAUCAUCUAUCAUGAAACAUUGAUACCUAAACAAUAAAAUCCACUGUCAUAAUUCUAUGAAA